UUUCGUGAUAACGUGUAACAAAAUAUUGACGGUUAGAACAGUAAAUAAUAUAGAUUACAACGUACUAAAAACUAUGAUACAUAAGUUUCAGCUUCUGACAAUUAUGUGCUGAAAAAAACAAAUUAGGUUUAAGAAUCCUUUACUAUUUGAACAUACAGUUAUUAUUUUGUCUUAAUCAAGGAACUUCAGAAAGCAUAUAUAAGGAUAUAAAAGGAUAAACAAGUGAAGAUCAUGACCGGUGUAAUUUAAAAAUGAUGGGCACCAUGGCAAAAAUGUGUGCUUCUUCUGAAAGAUCCCGAAACACAACAUACAACAUAAUGAAGAUACCUCUCCAGAAGAAUAUACAAGCGCCGAUUAUUACGUGACUAAUUACUCAUGACUUAGGAGAAAUACAUAACAAUACUCUUCAGGGUGACAUGGACAUAUGUCUAAAGAAAUUCCAGAAAAGGAUGCUAAAAAGAAAUCACAAUUUUAAAUCCCUGAAUUUGUAUAGUAUCGUCCUCAUAAUUUGUCUGUCACUAAAUUUUGUAAAUUCCAAUACGACCUAUAACAGUCGUUAUUUGAGCGAAAAGAGCAGCGUAAGCAAAGAAUUUAACUUUAGUGUCGUUACACGUGACAGUCACGACCCGCACGACGACUACGAGGGCGUGGUUCCGAGCAUUCCGCAGAAGACUUGCAUUAUACUAAAGUCAAUUUCGAAGAAAACCCGUUUUUUGAUAGUGAUAAAUAUGUAAAUAUGAAGAAAAAAAAUUACGGCAAUGAACCCAAUUCUUACAGCAACUACGAGGACUACAAACAUUUUUAUUUAAGCCCCUCAAAUCCAUUGCCAAAUACGAAUGUGAAAUUUAAAAUAAGUAGUAGAAUAGUUCAGACUAAAUAUGGUAAACUUCAGGGCAUCAUUUUGGGCAUGGAUGAACAUAAAUAUUUAAAACCACUCGAAGUAUUUUUAGGUGUUCCAUAUGCCACUCCCCCCGUAGGAUCAAACAGGUUCAGCCCAACAAGGGCACCAUCACCAUGGGAUGGUGUGCGGGUCUCCGACCGGCCAGGCCCUGCGUGUCCGCAGAAGUUGCCCGACCUCCACGAUGAAAGGACCAUGUUAGACACUAUGCCUAAAGGCAGACUGGAAUACUUGAGAAGACUGAUGCCUUAUCUUAAAAACCAGAGUGAAGAUUGUCUUUACUUGAACAUUUUUGCGCCCUUGCAAAUGGAUGAAGUCAAAAUGCCGAUUCCAGUGCUAGUUUACAUACACGGGGAAAGCUUUUCGUGGAGCUCUGGAAAUCCAUACGAUGGAGCUGUUCUAGCCAGUUACGCAGAUUUGAUAAUUGUCACCUUAAAUUUUCGACUUGGUAUCUUAGGGUUCCUUAAUGCAAAUCCGGCGCCACAUUUAAAAGCCCGGGUGGCAAAUUAUGGUUUGAUGGAUCAAAUAGCUGCGUUGCAUUGGGUACAGCAGAAUAUUGUGUUAUUUGGAGGUGAUCCAACUAACAUUACACUAAUGGGACACGGCUCAGGGGCCGCCUGCAUUAAUUUUCUCAUGAUAUCUCCCACUGUCAUGCCAGGUUUAUUCCACAGAGCACUACUUCUUUCCGGUUCGGCGCUAAGUUCAUGGGCUAUUGUAGACGAUCCAGUAUUUUAUACACUAAAAUUAGCAAAGCACAUGAAUUGUGCUAUACCAGAAGACUUGACGAAAGAUCAUGAAAUCAUUGUUGAUUGUCUCAGAGAUGCCACUACGGAACAGCUGUUAGCAAUAGACAUAUCCCCUCCAAGUUUUAUGACAGCAUUUGGCCCCUCUGUCGACGGAGUUGUGAUAAAGACAGACUUUGCAAAAGAUUUUUUAACCACAUUUCCGACAGGCGAUUUUCCAAGUUUCGGACCGUUGAAUAAUAUGAAUCAAAAUUAUAACAUACACUCUAAGAGAAGUGAUAGUGGAAGAAGACGUUUUCAAAAUAAAUACGACUUGAUGUUUGGUGUGGUAACCAGUGAAGCAUUGUGGAAGUUUUCAGCUCAUGACAUUCAAAAUGGGAUUGAUCCUGACAAAAGAGACCGCAUGUUAAGGACGUAUGUGAGAAAUUCGUACUUAUAUCAUUUAAGUGAAAUAUUCUACACCAUUAUCAACGAGUACACAGACUGGGAAAAAACGAACUUGAUCAAUACCAGAGACGCGACGGUGGCUGCAUUCUCAGAUGCUCAAUAUGUGGCACCGUUAGUACAGAGCGGAGAUUUGCUCAGCGGGGGGCCUAAACCAGCACCAAGCGACGAGGACGGGCCACGCCGACCAACUAAAACAUUUUUUUACGUGUUUGACUAUCAGACUAAAGACGGUUUUUAUCCUCCGAGAAUGGGCGUCGUCCACGGUGAAGAGCUGCCAUAUAUUUUCGGCGCUCCCGUCGUAGAUGGGUUUGGCCAUUUCCCUCGAAAUUACACAAAGUCUGAGGUUGCAUUGUCAGAAUCUAUGAUGCUCUUUGUAUCUAACUUUGUGAGAACAGGAAAUCCAAACGACAACACCAGACAGGAGGUUUUGUUGCCAGCGUCGAGGGAGCGUAAUAAAUUUCGUGGCAUAAAUUGGGAAGAGUACGACUCCACGCACCAAAAGUACUUAGAAAUAGGUGUGAAACCGCGUCUGAAGAAUCACUUUAGGGCUCAUCAACUUUCUGUCUGGCUGAGGCUAGUCCCUGAGUUGCACAGAACGGGAAUGGAAGAUAUUUCUACUAGGCAUAACUUGUUUAAAAAUCACAACGAGCAAGAACUAUACGAAGGCGUCGUCAGGCCUGACCCUCUGGCAAGGAAUCUCAACGACAACGAUCAAAUGAAACGAGUAAAUGGAUCAGUUUAUGCUGAUGCGGCUUUGACUACCGUUGAUUCUAUUUUAGUGACAUGCGUAACACUAUUACCAAAUAGUAGGGACGUACAAACAUUGAAUGCCACAGAAAACACUUUAGCUAAUUUGGAGGCAGCUGGGUACGCCGCCUAUUCGACGGCAUUAAGUGUUACGAUAGCUAUUGGUUGCUCACUAUUGAUUCUAAAUGUUUUGAUAUUCGCCGGAGUAUACUAUCAGCGGGAUAAAUCUAGGUCACGCGGGAAACAACAACGCUUUAAUGAGAAACACUUUGAGACUAUCUCCGGAAAACACUCACAUUACCACAUGGAUCCGACGCAUACUCCCAGCUUAGUCGUAGACGUGGAAAGACACAAUCGAAAGAAACACCAAAUGGGCAGUGAUUCUCACUUGGCUAACCUGAACUUUAAAGGUCCGCUGAACAUACCAAAAUCGCCACCGAGUCCUUCACUUAGUAUAGAAAAUAUGAUGAUACCCAGUAAAUUAGGAAGUAGAAACAGUAGUUUAAGAUUGCCCAACGUGAGUUACACCCAAAUGGGUGGGUACGGCACGAUGCCAAAGAAUUUGAACCAGUUUAAUAACUCGCCGCCCUCACAGGAGUUGAGACAGCAGAAAUUCCUGCCUCCAAACGGUUCGGCUUCGCAGGGCUCCCCCUUAGGGCGGGAGGACGCGGCGAGAGGGGGGCCUCACGCCACUCUCCGGCGCGGAAAGAACCCCCACAACGCCUCGAGUCUGCCACAAGCAGCUAUUGACGAAAUGAGAGUGUGACGCUUAAUUAUAUUUGACUGUACUUAAAAACUCUGAACAUUUCACUUGUGACUUCAUAUAUCUUGAAGUAAAAUUUUGUACAUAUUGGCUGCAUUUUGUUCGUUGAAAUGUACUUGUAUUUCUCAAUUACUUGUGUAUUAUAAAACUAUGUCUAAUUCAAUUAAAAUGUG